AUGGCAACAACUACCUCGAUCGACCGGCUUCUACUCACGGAGCUCCCUACCGACCUGCCAUGGCCCCCAGGAGCGGCUCGCCAGAUGUGGGCUGUUGAACUCAAGCGUGAUUGGAAAUAUCUCGACACGACAGACGAUGUACCCGGUGCUUGGAGGGGCAGGAUGCCGACAGACCUAUUGGUGAACGGUCGCCUCCCACUCUUCAAUAAGGAACCAGGUUAUAUGUUCUUUCGGGGCAAUAACACUGCCAUGGUGUUAUUUUUCAAAGGCACCAAAAAGAUCCCAGUCGUCUUGCCACUCAGUAUCUUGAACAUUGGGGCCAAGUUCCGUACUUUGGCUGAGCAGACAGUCGAACUACUUCCGGCCCCGGUUUCUUCUAUUGCACCCCAGACACAGAGCAUAACUCAGAACAACGAUUCGAUACUUGAGCGAUUCAUCCGAACACUUUGGUGGACAUUUGCUACCGUGCCCAAUCAACUCAGAGGGCUUGGAGCUACAAACGAAGACCUCGCUCUUUGCUUCGGCGGACAGAAUCUACGACAGAAUGUUGAUGCUAUUUACGCAGCUUUCAUUCCUGACGUCUUGAACGUCCUCAAGGACGGACGGUUCUCUCUCAAGAAUAUUCUGGAUCUCCGACACGUUUCGCCACACUGGCCUGGUCGUCCCACUAUCUACCUACGGGUUUAUACACAUCCCCGAGGCCAACCUAACGGGACAUACCGCGAUACCUCUCAAGCCGAUAUCAACCAUCAUGUGGGCUUCUACGUUGGUAAAUCUAUCCUCCCAUGGGUCCGGCAUCGCGACCAUGAAAGACGCACCGAUUCUUGUGAUGGGGUUUAUGAAGGGCACUACCAGAUUGCACGAAAGUCCCGAAAGGAGCAUAGACAUAUGAUCCCUCUUAUGACUUUUGAUGAAAGAACACCUACUCAUAUUCUCAAGAUGGCAGAGCAAACAAUGAUGAUUGUACUUCGAACCUACCAUCCUCUGGGUACAAAUGCAGUGCAAAGCUCAAUUUAUACAGUCAGUCGCACGUUCCGUGGUUUCGGCCAUAGGUUGGCCCAAAAUAAAGCCCCAUGGUUGCAACAUAAGCUCUCCGAUCCUCCUGAUGCUAGAUUUGGUUACCUCGUCUUUGAAGUGAUGGAUGAUCAUAAGCCACAUGAUCGUGCUUGGCUUGGCGUCCCAUCCGUAGGCCAGUAUGUCAAUUUUGAUGAGGCAUCUUGCUUUUCCGUCAGAUUUGAGUGGUUUGACGAAGGGCAACAAACGUGGCUUAGUAUGCCAAUGUAUCGUUACUAUAAAGGAUACACGGAAAUGUCUGGCUAUGCUGAGAGACUCGACGUUGAAAAGGCUUUGGCACCCUGGCGUCUUGCCAUGGAUGUCCUUCAAGCUAUAGAGGGGCGAGUAUACACAGAACCACUCGACGGGUUCCCUGAGAGAUUGAGCAUCCUGCAUGCCAGAAAGCUGGAGAUAAAUCACUUGGCCCAAAAGUAUCGAUGGGUCUCUCGGGAGUCGCGCGCUCCUCGUCCUGUACCAGCGUACGCGAUCUGGGAUGACAAUUUUCGAUUAAUCAAACGCCUGUUCGACACGGAUCUAACCCAUAUUGCAACCACGGAGCCCUACGAAAAACAAUCCGAUGUCAUGAAUCGUGAGGCCGGUGAUCAACGACGAGUAAAGGGCGUACACAAGUGUGAUACAUGCACGUACAUGGGGGUAGGCAUGAAAUGCAUACGCGAUGAGCGCAGGACUGAUGUCUGGGCAAGCAGAUUUUCUCAACACCCGACAGGCCCACACCGUUUCUUGGCGUACCACAAUUCUAUGACUCCUGCACAGCUGUGCGAGGCAACUAGAGUGCCCGUCCCUCUACCUGAGCAUCUUUUGGAGGAGGCGGAAGGGGAGGAGGAAGGCAGUGGUGAUGACGCGCAAGGUGACGGCGAUUUGGGCAGUGGUGAAGAGUGA